UCUGUGCGUACAGUGUCCAGAGAGAGAAGGCUGUUAAAAUAAUGCAACGAAGGAGUUUAAAGAAAAGUUCAGUUGACUGACCGACGAAACGCCAGGACAUGAAAGAGUGUAGCGUAAGGCCUUACCACAGAGUUAAAAGUGGAACUGAGCUUCAGUUUACGGUGUGAAUAAGAGGAGCAGCAGCAGACCAAGAGCUAAUGCGUUAUAAAUCACAACAUUUUUGUAAUUGUGGUGCUCCAUUGUCCAUUUCAAGUUGACUGAAAGAAGACAGUUUAAGGGAUAAUGAGUGAAAAAGAGGCGUUUGAAGACAGUAAAGUGAAUGGCGCCAAAAAUGUGGAUUUGGAGAAACACUCUAAAACAGAGGAGGGGGAACAUGGUCCGGACCAGUGUGCCCGGGACGAGAAGCAGUUGGUCAGUGGCGUGCCCUCACCACCGACCCGUCUGUACAAGCGGCGCUGGCUCAUAGUCUGCCUCUUCAGCAGCUACUCUCUCUGCAACUCCUUUCAAUGGAUACAAUACGGCAUCAUCAACAACAUCUUCAUGCACUUCUACGGCGUGGACGCCUUUACUAUAGACUGGAUGUCCAUGAUCUAUAUGCUUACUUACAUUCCGUUCAUCUUCCCUGUCACUUGGCUGCUGGAUAAAAAAGGUCUGCGGGUCAUCGCUCUGGUGGCCACAGCUCUGAACUGUGCCGGCACGUGGGUCAAGGUCCUAAGCGUCAAACCAAACCUGUUUGCCGUCACUUUUUUCGGACAGUUCUGCUGCUCCUUCGCUCAGGUGUUCAUUCUGGGGAUGCCCUCCAGAAUCGCCUCCGUGUGGUUUGGUUCGCAGGAGGUGUCCACUGCCUGCUCCAUCGGAGUGUUUGGGAAUCAGCUGGGUAUUGCCAUUGGAUUCCUGGUGCCUCCCAUUCUCGUCCCAAAUGUUGAAGAUAAGGAUGAGUUGGCUCACCACAUCAGCAUUAUGUUCUACAUCACCGCAGGCGUGGCCACUCUACUCUUUGUACUGGUUGUCUUUGUGUUCCAGGAGCGUCCCAGAUUGCCCCCCACCCAGGCCCAGGCUGUGGCCCGCAGUAUCCCCCCAGAGCAGUACUCCUACAUUGCCUCCAUCUUGAGACUGCUGCGGAACAAGCCCUUCAUCCUUCUCAUCAUAACCUAUGGCUUGAAUGUGGGUUGUUUCUAUGCAGUCGGCACCCUACUGAACCGAAUGAUCAUCGAGCACUACCCUGGAGAAGAAGUGAACGCUGGGAGGAUAGGCCUUACAAUAGUCAUCGCGGGAAUGGUGGGGUCUCUCAUCUGCGGAGUGUGGCUGGAUCGAACCAAAACAUACAAGCAGACUACUCUUGCUGUGUACUUAAUGUCUCUCGUUGGGAUGAUUGUGUAUGCUGCUACUCUUGACCUGGGGCACCUUUGGGUAGUCUUCAUCACCGCUGGAUCCCUUGGUUUCUUCAUGACUGGAUACCUGCCUCUAGGCUUUGAGUUUGCAGUGGAACUGACCUACCCAGAGUGUGAGGGCACAUCCUCAGGCCUUCUCAACUGCUCUGCACAGGUGUUUGGCAUUAUUUUCACCAUCUCUCAGGGCAAGCUCAUUGAUACCUAUGGCACACUGGCUGGAAACAUCUUCCUCUGCGUGUUUCUUCUGAUUGGCACAGUAAUGACUGGUUUCAUUAAGUCUGAUCUUCGUAGACAAAAUGCAAACAGGACUGCUAAAGCUAUGGAAACUCCUGAUUGCCCGAACAGUAACUCCCCGUCACAAAUAAUUCUCCGAGAAGAACGAAUGUGAACGAAUAGCUCACAUGUUGCUCUUCCUGUUACAGUUAAAUCUGGAGACACUUCACUUCUGCCCACUUACCUGGCAUACACCUUAUACAAAUUAUUUAUUACUGGAUUAAAUUCUACAGAUAGAUUUUUUUUCAAUGUAACAUUUGUGUAUUUUUUUUACUAAUAAUGCAAUGCUGGAAAUCUGAACCAAAUCUGUGAAAUAUUUGUAAUUAUGUAAAAUAUAUGUAAGACAACAUGUACAUGUUUACUAGUUAG